GCUUCCACGUUUCCAAUCCUACUUUUUGUAGCACUGCUGGCCUUGUCACCUUUUUGCUCAGAUCUGGUCGCUAAUUCCUCCAUUCAAAUUUAAAUUUGAAGAUCGACGAUUCGGAUUGCUUAUUUCUUUGUUACUGAUCUAACAAUGUCGAAGAACUCAACCGCCGGUUAUGGCACGGUUACGGUUCCAGUUCCGGUUCCGGUUCCGGUCUCCACCAACACCACCGAGGCACCGCCACCAGCAACGCCUCAUAGCAUGAUCGCACGGGCGAGGUACCACACGGAGAACUUCAUCGCACGGCGUCGCCCAUGGAAAGAGUUUUUGAAUUAUUCCGCCAUAACUCGACCGCUAAGCUACGACGACGCCAUGGGACGAUUCAAACGGAACCUUAACUACUUCCGAGUCAAUUACGCCAUGGUGAUCCUUCUCAUACUCUUCCUCAGUCUCAUUUAUCAACCAAUUUCAAUGAUUACGUUUUUGAUCGUAUUCAUCGGUUGGUUUUUCCUUUACUUCUUCCGAGAUCCUCGAAGUCCUGUUGUGAUCUUCAACCAUGUGUUUGAUGAUCGUGUUGUGUUAAUGGCUCUGAGUUUGUUAACAAUCUUCGCAUUGGCAUGUACGGAUGUCGGAGUUAUCAUGUUGGUGGCUUUAGCCGUUGGUGCCGCUGUGGUGGCUAUACACGCCGGAAUCAGGAGCACCGAUGACCUGUUUUUGGAUGAACAAGAGGCCGGCGAUGGCAGUUUGGUUUCUGUAGUUGGUGAUAAAUAGUCAUUAUGAACAACUUACAGUUUGAAUUCAUCAAAUCAAAUCAAAUCAAAUCAAGUGCAGAACACGAUUUCACAAGAUUGAAUCAGGUUUGGUCUCUUGAUCUUUGUAGGCUGCAAUUUUGAAGUACAGUAGGUGAAGAACAUGCUUUUAAUAUUCUUUUUUAUUUUUCCGUUUUGGGUAGUUUGAUUAUUGUUUUGUUGAUCCUAUUCGCCAUUUUUGGAUCUUGAAGCUCGAAUCUCAAGUCCCAUUUCUUUGCU